AUGGGUAAAGAGGAUAAGAAAAGAAAGCUCGAGGAGGCUGCUGAGCCUGACCGGAAGCUGAAGAAGGAGAGAAAGGAGAAGAAGGAGAAGAGUGAAAAGAAGGAGAAGAAGGACAAGAAGGACAAGAAGGAGAAGAAGGACAAGAGCGAGAAGAAGGACAAGAAGGAAAAGAAGGAGAAGAAGGAGAAGAAAGAGAAGAAAGACAAAAAAGAGAAGAAGGACAAGGAGGAAAAGAAGGAAAAGUCCCCUGAAGUGAUGUCAUCCGCUCCUGCUCCAUCCAAUGACUCCUCAGCUUACUCCCAGAAGAAGGCUCUUAGCGAUGUUCUGGAAAGCGAGGUCAAGGAGUUCUUGGACACCAAUGAAGUGGCCAUCGAGGACCCCCACAGCUUGAACUUGCGUCCACUUUUGCUGUUUGACCAUGUGGACUUCAUCAGCGAGGUCCAGAAAGUCAUUACCAAGUUCCCCAAACCCACACCUAUCCAGGCUGCCUCGUGGCCGUUUUUGCUUAGUGGAAAAGACGUCAUUGGUGUUGCCGAAACGGGUUCCGGUAAAACCUUUGCUUUCGGUGUCCCUGCUGUGAACAGUAUCUUGAAGGAGAAGAAGAAGGGUCUCAAGGUGCUCUGUCUCUCUCCAACUAGAGAAUUGGCGCUCCAGAUCCACGACAGUUUGGUGGACUUGACGAAAAACGCCGGCAUCUCUUGUGUGGCCAUCUACGGUGGUGUCAGCAAACAGGACCAGAUCGACAAGUUGCAGAAUGCCAGUAUAGCUGUGGCUACACCAGGUAGAUUGGUGGAUCUUUUAGAGGACGGUCUGGUGGACCUUUCGAGCAUCGAUUACUUGGUUCUUGACGAGGCCGACAGAAUGCUUGACAAGGGAUUCGAGCAGCACAUCAAGCAGAUCAUUGGCCAGUGUCCUGCUAAGCAGAAUCGUCAGACCUUGAUGUUUACAGCCACAUGGCCCAAGGAGGUCAGAGAGUUGGCUUCUGUUUUCAUGACGCUGCCUGUGAAGGUGACUAUUGGUGAGAGAGACGAGCUUUCUGCCAACAAGAGAAUCACACAGAUAGUGGAGGUGAUGGAGCCCAGAGACAAGGAGAGGAGGCUCGUGCAGUUGAUCAGAAAGUACCAGCUGGGUCCCAGCAAGAACGACAAAAUUCUCAUUUUCGCCUUGUACAAGAAGGAGGCUCUGAGAGUGGAAUACUCGUUGCAGAGAGCCGGCUUCAACGUUGCAGCCAUUCACGGUGAUCUUUCUCAACAGCAGAGAACCCAGGCGCUCAAUGCCUUCAAAAACGGCGAGUCCAACCUUCUUUUGGCCACCGAUGUCGCCGCCAGAGGUCUCGAUAUCCCCAACGUGAAGGUCGUGAUCAACUUGACUUUCCCACUUACUGCUGAGGACUACGUCCACAGAAUCGGCAGAACAGGCAGAGCUGGCCAGACCGGUACCGCCCACACGCUCUUCACCGAGCACGAAAAACACUUGAGUGGAGCCUUGAUCAAUAUCUUGAGAGGAGCCAACCAGCCGGUUCCAGAAGAGUUGCUUAAGUUUGGAGGCCACACCAAGAAGAAGGCCCACUCUGUGUACGGAGCUUUCUUUAAGGACGUGGACAUGACCAAGACGGCCAAGAAGAUCAAGUUUGACGAUUAG